AUGUGGUACCACAGCUUACACACUCCCUUCCUCCUAGCCUUCAUCAACCUAUCAAAAAUAGUCUGCUCGCAUUCCCUUGGCGAUGGAAUUUAUCUAGACAUGCGAGAAAACGAUGUUCAUCCCAUCGAUCCUGAAGUAUAUUCCAACUUGUACACUUAUGCCCACUUGGUCGAUAUAGCAUAUUGCAUAUCUGAAAUUCAUGGAAUAGAUCCCCCUUUCAAAUGUGACUUGAAUUGUGAGAAGCGAUUUCCCAACAUGACAUUAGUUUAUCAAUGGUACUUUCCUGAGUCUGUGACAGGAUACAUAGCCACCACAUACGACAACAUCUUCAACUAUGAUAUUGCCGGGCCCAGGAAGAUGAUAAUUAUAUCACUCAGGGGUACAAGAUCAAUAUUUGAUACCUAUGCCGACAUGAAAGUUGAUAUGAUCAACUAUUCUAAUCUUGGAUUGAAUUUACCGUUUUGUGGUCGUGGAUGUAAAGUUCACAAUGGGUUUUAUAAGUACUUUACAACAACAUUGAGCAACAUCAAUGAAUAUAUUGUUAAAGAAAUUGGUGAUGAAGAUUAUGAGUUGAUUAUUGUGGGCCAUUCAUUGGGUGGAAGUAUUGCAUUGUUAUUGGGAUUACACUAUCUUGAUAUAGGAUUCGAUAAACUAACCUUGGUUACCAUGGGACAGCCACUUACAGGUAACUACGACUUUGUGAAUUGGGCAGAUAGAGUAUUAGGAAGUUACAAUGACCUAAAGCAUAAUGAGUUCAAAAGAAAGUUUCUACGUGUGAUCCAUAAAAACGACGUCAUCACUACAAUACCAAGAAGUCGUAAUCCGUUUAUUCAAUAUCAUCAAUUUGAUAAUCAAAUAUACUUGAAUUGUUCGACUACGAAUGUAAGACCUCGAUUAAACCAAGUUUUUGAUUGUGUUGAUGGUGCGAAUCAAGAUUGUAUUGCACAUGAUUUCCCCUACCUUACAUUGGACAGACAUGACUACUUGCAAGCACAUAUUACAUACUUUAGAAGGAUGGGACUUUGUGGCAUUGUGAAGUGA